GCCCUCAUUUAACAAAAACCUGCAGCAGAAACAUUCAGGACUGUUUUGCAAACUAGGACGACGAUGACCAGCUACAGAUUUCAUAAGAGGACCAAAGAAAACUGACAGAAGGACGAAUCCAUAUGAUGAUGAAAAACAGGAAAAUGUGAUAGUGUGAAAUUUUUAGCGCAGAAUUUCACAAGCUUAAGAGGAAAGCAGUGUGCGCAUCGGAGAUAACGUGUGUGUUCAAUCAUCUACUAACCAUCUAAGGAACAUAAUGGGCCCUCCUCUCAUUUUACACGUGCUCCUAUUUCUCUGCUCCUUCGACAUUGCUGUUUGGGCGUGUCCGGAUGGAUGCCAAUGCAAAGGAGUCGAAACGUUAUGCAUCGGUAUCUCAAAUAUUCCUCCUUUGCCGUCAUCCACAACGUCUCUUUACCUCUCAAAAUGCAACAUCAACUCCUUGAAAGCAGAGGACCUUUCUUCUGUCACUCACACAACAAAGCUUGCCAUUAAUGACACCGUUUUGGAGGAGAUUCAACCUGGCACGUUUGAUUCCCUUGUGAACUUAACGGCCUUAAAAAUGACUGGAUUAGAAUUGAAAGAUCUACCAGAAGCCUUGUUUCAAAAUCUUCAGACACUUGAGACUUUGAAUCUGAAUACAAACAAGCUAGUGGCACUGCGUCCAAAGUGGUUCUCUCAAAUCAAAGUUCUCACCGGUCUUGAUCUUACUCAGAAUCAACUGAGCUUGAUACCCAUGGAAACUUUUCAUCCGCUUCUUGAGCUGGAGUACCUGUUGCUCGCGAGAAAUAAUAUCAGUCAGUUAUCGAGCGGGACAUUCAAAGGUCUUUCCAAGCUGAAAUAUCUUCGACUAAAUAAAAAUGUCCUCCAAGAAAUACCCAGUGGAAGUUUCGAUGACCUCGGAAACUUGGAGGAACUUUCCCUGCAGGACAAUCGUAUUACUCAUCUCCAACAUGACUUAUUCUCAAAAACCCCAAAACUCACAGAGCUGUUCCUCUCCAACAACCAACUGAGGACACUUCCACAAGGCCUCUUCUUGCACAUUCCCCUACUAUCCCAGAUCUCCUUGUAUGAAAACCAGCUGGAAAGCUUUGGUCCAGGGGUGUUUGGUCCCAUGGCCUUGCAAGAGUUGUGGCUCUACGACAACAAACUGAGUCGUAUCGAAGACGACACCUUUAAAAAUCUCGCUCAGUUGCGUCUCCUGGUGCUCAGUCGCAACCGGAUCAGCGACGUAUCUACGGGAGCCUUCCGAGGGUUGGAACACCUCAGUGAAGUAUCACUUCACACCAAUCUGCUGAAAACAUUACAAGCCGGGACAUUCCAAGGUCUCCCCAGCCUGGUAAACGUUUCUCUGGAGAACAAUUUCAUCAAUCAUCUGCCUGUUGGUUUCCUCCAAGGUCUAAGUCACCUGGGAGAGAUUGACCUCAGAAAUAACACCCUUGCAAACCUGCCACAGCGAGCUCUAGAUGCAAUUUCUGUGGCAGAUGGGAUACGUCUUGAGCAGAACCCCUGGAGGUGUGACAAGGACAUUCUGCCUCUUAGCAAAUGGCUGAAAAAGCACCCAUCCAAGGUCAACCACACACUCGUGGUGUGUGACACACCACUUAGUCUGAAUGCGAUAAUGAUAAGCUGGUUGACAGAAGAGGACUUGGGGCUGAAUUCCACGCAGCAGACGCCGAUGACCUCAACAGAGACGAGAAGCAAACCAAAUUCACCUGUCGUCAAGACAACCUCUCCCUCAAAGUAUGAAGUCACAAGCAGCGGACAGGGAGAGGAAGGUCACGUUUCAAACCGUACUUCCAUCAUCCUCAUUGUCUCCGCAGUUAUUGCAACGGCCAUUAUAAGUGCUGCCAUCAUUGGCUGUCUAUGCUGGAAGAGGAACAAGAAAGGGCGGGCACAUAUAGGCCACAGGAGCAGGAACUCUGUGCUCUAGAUGAAAUGUGUAUGAAACACCCAUUUAGGACAAAGAAAAUCAAUCAAUAAAAAAAAAAGAUUGCAGGUUGGUAAAGGAUUUUCUUACUCCGAUACACAUAAUAUAUACACAAUGUACACUAUACAAAUAUAAAUGUAUCAAAAUCAAGGAUAAUAUCUAUGAUGGCCAUGAGCUAGCACCUGAGCCUUCACAUUUUCAUAUUUGAUGCAUAGUCCUGAACAGUUAUGAAACACCAAAAGGUCAUAUUCAUUCACAAAUAUUGAACCGUGUUGUUACAUAACAAAUCUAACUGUAAAGGAGAACAGAUGUUUGUGGUUUUAAAGGUUUUACUGCUGUAUUUAUCUCACUGACUGUUCAUUACUGCAACACUGACAUCUGCUGCUGGGAACGCAUAACUACAUUUAUACUCAGCAUACCAUUUUUAACACAUUUGAAGUGAAUGAAAUAUGCUUCUGCAGUUUUUUUACAUUUGAAAGGAAGAAAUACUUCCAUGUUUGGAGAAAUGUUAUGCACUGAAAGUAAAGCGCUGUUUUGAAACAAUCA